GAAAACCAGAGAAAUGACGGAAGGAAGAAAGGAAGGAGAAGAUGAGGGAAAGAAAUGAACCUAUGCAAGCAAAUAGAAAUCUAUAAAGAAAAGGAAACAAGAAAAAUAAGCGAAGGACAGAGGAAGAGACGGCAGAGGGGAUGGCCAUGACGGAGCGGAGGCAGAGGCGCUGUCGCUGUCGCGUGUGCGGCGGCGGAGCAGCGCACGGUGUCGCUGCAGGCUCAGGAACGGCUCCGUGUGGGCGGCUCCGCCCCGGUGCGGCGGAGAGCCCGGCUGUGAGCGCGGGGGGGCGGCGCGGGCCGGGCAGCAGAGCCGGUGCGUGCGGGCGGCGGCGGGGAGCCGUGCGGGGCCCGGGCCGGGGCCGGCAGCCACAGCGGCGGCGGCGGCGGCGGCGGCGGCCGGGAGGAUGGGCGAGCGCUGUUGUGCGGCGGUGCUGCGGGUGCUGGUGCUGCUGCAGGCGGCCUGGGCGCUGGCGGGCGGGCAGGUGCGCUACUCGGUGCCGGAGGAAGCCAAGGCCGGCACGGUGGUGGGCCGUCUGGCGCAGGACCUGGGCCUGGAGGCGGGCGAGGCGGAGGCGCGGCGGCUGCGGCUGGUGGCGCAGGGCCGGCGGGCGAGCGUGGAGGUGAGCGGGGCGAGCGGCGCGCUGCUGGUGAGCUCGCGGCUCGACCGGGAGGAGCUGUGCGGCAAGAGCGCGCCGUGCGCGCUGCGCCUGGAGGUGCUGCUGGAGCGGCCGCUGCGCGUCUUCCAUGUGCAGCUGGAGGUCACCGACAUCAACGACAAUGCCCCCGUCUUCCCCGCCGCCCGCAAAAACCUCAGCAUCGCGGAAUCGUCUGUGCCGGGGUCUCGUUUCCCGCUGGAGGGCGCGUCGGAUGCGGAUAUCGGAGCGAAUGUGGUGCUGGAGGUGCUGGACGUGAACGACAACGCGCCGGAGGUGUGGGUGACGUCGCUGUCGGUGCCGGUGCCCGAGGACGCGUCGGUGGGGACGGUGGUGGCCCUGCUGAGCGUGUCGGACCGGGACUCGGGGGAGAACGGGCGCGUGCGGUGCUGGGUGUGGCCGGCGUCGCCGUUCGGUCUGGAGGCGACGUUCGCGGGCUCGUACUCGCUGGUGCUGCGCGAGGCGCUGGACCGGGAGCGGGUGUCGGAGUACGAGGUGGAGGUGCGUGCGGAGGACGGCGGGGCGCCGGCGCUGCGCGCCAGCCGCGGGCUGCGGGUGCCGGUGUCGGACGUGAACGACAACGCGCCCGCGUUCGCGCAGGCCGUGUACACGGUGCUGGCGCGGGAGAACAACGCGGCGGGCGCGGAGCUGGCGCGGCUGUGGGCGCGGGACCCGGACGAGGCGGGCAACGGGCGCGUCAGCUACUCGGUGUGGGAGGGCGGCGCGGGCGUGGGCGGCGCGGCCGCGGGGUCGUCGUCGUCGUCGUCGGGCGGCGGGUGGCGGCCGGCGUCGAGCUACGUGUCGGUGGACGCGGAGAGCGGGCGUCUGUGGGCGCUGCAGCCCUUGGACUACGAGGAGCUGCAGGUGCUGCAGUUCGAGGUGCGCGCGGUGGACGCGGGGCAGCCGCCGCUGAGCGGCAACGCCACGGUGCAGCUCUUCGUGCUGGACGAGAACGACAACGCGCCGGCGCUGCUGCCGCCCGCGGGCUCGGCCCCGGAGGCGGGCGCCGUGGCGGCCGAGGCGGCGGCGGCGGCGGCUGUGGGGGCGGGCUCGGCGUCGGGCACGCUGUGGGCGUGGGCGGCGUGGGGGGCGCCGGCGGGGCAGGUGGUGGCCAAGAUCCGCGCCGUGGACGCCGACUCGGGCUACAACGCGUGGCUGCGCUACGAGCUGUGGGAGCCGCGGGGCAAGGGCCCGUUCCGCGUGGGGCUCUACAGCGGCGAGGUGAGCACGGCGCGGGCGCUGGACGAGGCGGACGGGCCUCGCCACAGGCUGCUGAUCGUCGUGCGCGACCACGGCGAGCCGGCGCGCUCGGCCACGGCCACGCUCAGCGUGUCGCUGCUCGAGGCGGCCGAGGCGGCGCUGGCCGCGGCCGCGGGAUCCUCGUCGUCGUCGUCGUCGUCGUCGCUGUCGCGCUCGGCCGUGGGCGUGGAGCUGGGGCCCGGGGCGGCGAGCGCGGCCACCAACGUGUGGCUGGUGGUGGCCAUCUGCGCCGUGUCCAGCCUGUUCCUGCUGGCCGUGGUGCUGUACGGGGCGUCGCGCUGGGCGCCGCGGGCGGCCGUGCUCUCGGGGCCCGGCCCCACGACGCUCGUGUGCGCCAGCGAAGUGGGCAGCUGGUCGUACUCGCAGCGCCACAGCCGCAGCCUGUGCGUGGCGGACGGCGCCGCCAAGAGCGACCUCAUGGGUUUCAGCCCCAACUUCCCGCCGCCGCCGCCGCCGCCCGGCCCCGCGCCCAAGGACACGCAGCCGGAGUCCUCCGCUCUCCUCGACACGGUCAGUGGCACUGCUUUUUUCUCCUUUGUCUAUUCAUCGCCUCUUUCCCCUCCCUGCCCAGUCCCUUUCGUCCGCGGUUCAGGUUCUGUUUUGAGCCAAGUUCCGCCCCCGGGGCAAUCGAUGCUUGUCGAGUGCUUCCGGAUAUGA